AUGCCCGGCCCACGAUAUACCCAAUCCGACGGCGAGAACCUUCUCAUGUACCUCGCCCACCCCGCGCGGCGCGCGCUGGACCGCCAGUGUCUAGCGACGUAUAGCGCGCUUGGACCUAGGUCUGCCGAGGCUUGGUCGCGGCAGCAUAAACCCGAGGGCUGGCUGCAUUAUUAUCGCACCCUGCAUAAGGCGGACUAUUACAUUCGGAAGCUGGUAAUGGAAUGGGCGGAGUGGGAAGACGGGGACAACGAAGAAGGGAGAACCUCAGAAGGGCAUUCUGACGACGAGGACGAAAAACAGCACUCAGACGACGUUGAUAUCGAGCUCGAGGCCCACGUUGACGCCAUUCAAACCGCCUAUCCCCACGCUUCGCGCGAUUUGAUUUAUCUUGCCAUAGAGAAGCAUGGCGACCCUGGGCGUGUUGCCGACAUGUUUGCGGAGCUUCUCGACUCGGAGGGUCAUUCAAGCGCAGACACUACGCCUACGCCUCAAAAACGGAGGCACCAACAGCGAGGCGGCUACGAGUCCGAUUCGGACUACAAAACAGAAGCGAGCGAGGAGAGCACGCCGAGGCGGAAGAAACGGCGAGCGCCUGGCACGCCAACCCCUGUGCCUUCUUCGCGUUCCAGGGAUACUCCAGAGUCAGAUGACGAUGACCUCCCACUUGCUCCGGCGCCCCAAGUCCGGCGAGCAGCACGCAACUUGAGGUUUAACACGCCUUCAGCCUCCGUUGACCUCGACUCCGAGUCGAGCACAGAAAAAGGCCAAUCAUAG